AUGCAGCGCGAGGCCACCGGCACAAACGAAUUUACGCGAAUUUCAACACGUGCAAACGCGUCGCCCCAGACAGUUCCUGACGUGCUCAUGUUCGACACCGAGUCGUACCAAGCUGUCAAGGACACCAGCACGAUCACGCCGUUGGUGGCGUCGCCCGCCAUGCGCCGUUCGAUUCUGUGCGCGCUCCUCGGCGCCUUCCAAUUUGGCUGGAUGAUGGCCGAAAUGGCAUACAUCCCCUUCCACCACCCGAAACUGUGCCUCCUCCCUCGCAUUCCCCAGGGCCAGUGCCUCGUCUUUCCAGGACACUCGACUGCCGAGUGGACCAUGCAAAGCACCGCGUGGGCCGUCGGAGGUGGCCUCGGUGCGCUCCUCAGUGCCGUCCCCGCCGACUACCUCGGACGGCAACGCACCCUCGGCUACAACGGAUGUCUCAUGGUCGCAGGCGGCCUCGUCCAGCUCUUCGCCACCGACAUCUACACGUUCGCCGUCGGCCGCGGUCUCAACGGCAUCGCGAGCGGCGUCGCCAUCAACGUCCUCAACAACUACCUCCGCGAGCUCUCGCCCGUGCAGUGGCGCAUGUUCUACCUCACGCUCGUGCAGAUCGCGCUGUCGGUCGGGACGCUCGUGGUCACGACGUUCAUGUACGCGAUUCCGGACGUGCCGUCGACGGCGUGGCAGUUCAAGCCGCUGUUCGGGGGUCCCGUCGUGAUCGGGGUGUUGCAGGUGGCGUCGAUGCCGUGGAUCGUGGAGAGUCCCGUGUGGCUGCUGCACCGCGACCAACUCGAUGAGGCGCGCCACGUCAUGCACCAGCUGUACAUGCCCGCGGGCAUUGAAGCACACUGGACGGCGCUCGUCUCGACGAUCGACCGUCAGACCCGCGAAGCCGCGUCGUCGUCGUCCAAGCUGUCGCUGCUGGUCAGUCCCAAGUACCGCAAGCAGUUUUCGAUUGCGAUUGUGCUGGCCACGAUGCAGCAGCUUUGUGGCAUGAACGCGCUGGUGGUGUACGGCCCCGCUAUGUUCAAGGCGAUCGGGAUCCGCGAGCUGCGACUGUCCAACUCUAUCGUCAACUUUGGUCGGUUCCACGACAUGUAUUUGGCUGGCAAGUUCGGCGACCGCUUCAACCGCCGCACUCUACUCUUGGCUGGUUCGAUGGGCAUGAUCCUGGGCUCGCUCGGCUUUACGUUGUGCCAGGUGUACCCGAGCGACACGAACGACUGGAUACAAAUUGCGUGCACGUUGAUGUUUGUGGCGUCCUUUUGUGCGUCAAUCGGGUCGAUGGGGUGGCUCGUGUCGACGGAGGUAGUGCCUGAGGUGCUGGGGGCAACGUCUGGCGCUAUCUCGACAUGCUGCACGUGGACGGCGCAGUUCUUCAUCGGCGUGUACUUCCAGCAGAUCUCAAGCCCCGAGCACUGGGGCACGCAAGCGUUUGGCAUGUUUCCGGCGGUCCUCGUCGUGUUUGCCGUGUUUGUGUGGAUGUUCGUGCCAGAAACCCGCCACAGGACGACGGACGAAGUCACGGCGUUGUUUUCAGCGAUCGCAGACACCGAGUCAUCGCGGCCAGAAAAGGACAAUGAGGUGGCGUAAGCGCUGCCCCAAAGCACAUAUUAACUUUAUUCAAUUCGACUGGAACGAGUUCGACUUGAGACUUUCGCGCGCCGAGAGGCCUUUGUGGGAUAUCGCCCCCUCGCAUGGCCUGGAAUGCCAAGUCAUGGGACGUGCCACUCAUGCUUGUUUGUGUACCAUGGUACUUUGUGGUGUCCUGCGGCAGACCAAACUUCGCCGUGCUCCGUGGAGAGGCAAGUGCCUUCGACAGCGGCUCGUCGCCGGUAUAGGGGGUGGUCCAUGCGACAGUUCCUUGAACUUGCUGGCAUUGCCCCUGCGUCGACCGGUGCGUGGACACAAUUGUGUGACAUGGAUGGACUGCGCUUCUACCGAGGACGCCGGUGGAUGAUUGCCAGGUGAGAAGGGGCGACGAACGCGCAUCGAAUGUACCGCCAUGCUCCAGUCGGAAACAUGCAGUUACGCAGCGCCGCUGUCGA